AUGUCAAACUGCACUCGAGCCUCUAUCCCAAAGACUCCGGCUGCUGGUAGUGGGCCAAGCAGGGCUCCAUCUGUGGCUUCGGCGACUACGCCCGAUGCAGCCAGCUCGUCAAACCCUCCGAUCAAGCGGGAACUCAGCCCCUCCCCGAGUCUUUCCACACCAGCACCGGCUUCACGUAGUAAUAGCAGAGGUAUUUUUGAACCCCAAGGACAAGAUACACUGACACCAGGGUCUGGAGAAGCUUCCUCGGGAGGGCUUACGCGAACAUUGGAUUUCUUGGUACCGCCGUUGAAGGAUGAACACGGACGCUCACAAUCCCCUGGUACUUUUGCAGUUGGCGCAAGCCUUCCCUUACCAAAAAGGUUCACAAAAGAAAUUGAGAAACUGGAACAAGCAGGAACAGUGAGACGGGCAACACUCAGUUUUGGGAGGAGAACGGACCUGGAUGCUCCCAGCCAGCCUGGUGCAAACGACAUCUUCGAGAAUGAUCCGGCCUCGAGAUAUCGAGACAUCCUGUCAGGCUACGCCUUAUUAGGGAGCUCGAGACUGCUAGGCAGAUCUCGAGUAUUGAGCCUCCUGUGGACGGCUCUAGACCCUGAGGUUGAAGAAUGGUCGAAGAUUCAACAUUUCAACCCGCGCUUUCAGAGAAUAAAGAACUCACACUGGUCUGGACUUUAUGACCCAAAUGGAGCAGGCAAUAACUGUCUUUUCAACGAGACCGAGGGCGCACAAUCUUCUGAUUUGUCCCCUUCAGUUCAAGCAUACCCAGUACCAUAUGAGCUCAGUCCUCCUCCACCUUCAUACAAUACUUUCUCAGUGGGGCCUCAACAUAUGGAAUCUGGAAUGAAUGCAGAAGUCUGGCCUUUGCCCAUUCCACCUCCCCUUUCUCAUGGUACAUUGCCAGUUGGUGAUGGAAUCUCAAGUUCCCUCCCCUUCCAAGGUCAUGAGGGAUUCCAGUUUGGACAGAGUAGAUUCCCUGCUUAUACUGGCCAUCACAGACCUCUUCCACACUCCUUGACAUGCCCGCAGCAAUUGCUUGGCCCAAGGAUAGGACAACCAUACACAAAUGGCAUGAUCACGGCAGACAACGGGGAAGGCAGCUCUGUGCAACAAUAUAAUACCCGUCGUGCCCUUCUCUCCACAACAAAACCUGACAUAACGGCUAAUAUCAGGCCUGGACACCUAUCUGGGCAGUAUCUGCCUCCAUUGGAGUCAUCAAGUGCUACAAAAGAACAACAAGCACAAAGAUAUGGCUUAGCCCCCAAUCCAGUGUCCCUUCCAGAUCCCCACAUAGAAGACACAGGUGAAGUACAAAGAGUCCCACCCCUCUCAAAGGAAACCCCCACACCUCCUAAUGAGUUGCCCUCCAAACAGAACACAGAUUGGAAUGUGCUUCCAAGAUUCAAGUUAACGGAUGACUGGUCUAUCCCUUGGUACCCCCCCUUAUUCAGCCUUAGUCUUGAAGUCAGCAGUGCUUCUGGUACAGCUAGCUUUACUUUUGGCACAGCAAGCAACAGGGUAAAUCUGACCAGACACUCUGGUGUAAUGAAUUUUGCCCAGUCUUCCUCAAUGGUGUUACUGCAAACAGAGGCACAAGAGAUCAUCCAUCACCACCUCAUAAUUAGUGCUGACAGUUCAUGGAAGGAAGGCACAGGAUAUGAGACAGACAAUCUCAUUGAGGAUGUGAUAAGUACAGUCCAUGCCCUUGUGCUUGAUUCAGCUCAAAAGAAUACAGAGUUGUCAUGCUGGACAUUACAUGUCUUAUUAUUCAAGCUGGCAGGGACAGGUCACCAUCAGAACAUAAGUUUAAGGUCAAGAAUGACUGAAUUGGCAAGAAGAUGGCUGAAUUUUCCCCCAGAAGCAACACACCCACCGGUGGAAGCUGCCCCAGUGGCCAGCUCCUCUGAAGCGGUUACAAGCCAUGUCUGGCCACUUUCCAGAUCCGGCUCCACUAUGAAAAAAGACACCAAGACACCUCGCAAAAGGAGUUACCCUUUCCCAGAGCGGCCAUUCACCGUAGAUGAUCCUCCUCCUGCGCUUGAUCCCUCACAACCCUUUGUUGUUGUUGACGAGAGUGGCUGGACAGUGAGAAGUGAUUCAGCUCUUAAAGCAAUGACUUUUCACAGUGGGACCAGUCUCACAUUUGGUGGGACCAGUCUCACAUUUGGCACACCUCAUCAUCAAGUAGUGUUUAAGGCUUCAGUGGGAACCACAAGCAUUAAGAACGCAAUGCAAAUGUGCUCAAAUUGGCUGGAGCAUGUGAAUUGUACUGAUUCAAAGACUGUAGCCUUGAUUUGUUAUAAUAACGCCAAUCGUCUACUGGGUCUCCAGCGGAAAGAAAUGGUGAAACAUACGGUGGAGCGCAUGGGAUUCCUCUUGGCCUGUCAGCCACAGAUCACUAUGGUCACACUCAAGACUAGACUGACACAGGAAGGACAAGAGCUGGUAGGGCAACAAGACACAUGGGAACUCCGGCGUAACCACUGCCUGUACCCCAAGCAUGUGGACAUGUCUGAGCAAUCUGCUUGA